AUGAUAAUAUUUAUUAUGAAUAAAGCAACGCAACAAGAAGAACUUGAUGCAUUAAGAAGCAUAUUUGAUGAAACAUCAUUAGAAAUAAAUGACGAAUGUGACGAAGGCUCAUUAUUAGUUGAUAUUAAAUUGCCAGAGAAUUUCAGCAUACAACAUCAUACAGAUAAACAAGAGCAGAUUCGUCAAGUACAUUAUGUCCCGCCAAUUUAUUUGCGUUUUCAAUAUCUCUCGACUUAUCCAUCGGACUCACCGCCAAAUGUUAAAAUCGAAUGUAUUUGGUUAAAUGACGAACAGGUAUGAAACAGUUUUAUAUCGUCGAGCCAUACGGACUAGCGGGUGGACUGUUACUGUAACGGUAACGAAUUUGCGUUACCGUUACUAGUAAAGGAUAACGAUUCAGGCGUUACUGUUACUGUAACGGCUAACGGCCGUCACUUGUAACGGGUAACGAUAGACUGUAUUUGACUAUCAAACACAGUAGGGAACUUUGACUGGGCACAUGGACAUGUGGUAGAAAAGUAGCACGAAAAGCUCGAAACACUCUUUUUAUAGGUUUUCGUACGUGCUCUUUUCAAUGGCGUGAUUUUCAAACUUCCAAAGUAUGUUCGCAACUAGUUUUAUAAAGACCAGAUUUCUGGAAAAUCUGUACAGACAUACUUUCAAAGUUUGAAAGCCAUGCCAUUGAAAAGAGUACGUGGGAAAAUCUAUAAAAAGAGCGUUUAGAGGCUUUCGUGCUACUUUUGUAUCACAUGUUCAUGUGCCAGGUCAAAACUACUGUUUCGC